GCUUCAAGUGUGGGUAGUGGUGAGCUCAGUUUCGACGGGUCAAACCCCGAACGACCGAAAACGCAGUGUGGCACACCUACAUAUAAAGAACCGUAAGGCCCAAAAAAUACUCUUCACACAACAAGCAUCUCCAUACAUCGACUACUUGAGCAUUAUUUUGCACACCUCGUUUACCUAGACUCGCACCCAAACCGAACGCGAAUCGCGAGCCCACCACCAUGCCAUCUUUCUUUCAAUUCGUCUACGGACAGUUGUUUACCCAGCUUCCCAAGCCCACCACCUCUUUCGAAGGCAAAACCGUCAUUGUCACGGGGAGCAAUGUCGGUCUCGGCAAGGAAGCCGCUCGCCAUAUUACGCGCAACAAUGCAUCGACAGUUAUUCUUGCUGUACGUUCACUCGAAAAAGGCGAAGCAGCCAAGAAGGACAUUGAGGCGAGCGUGGGAAAGAAAGGUGUCAUCAAAGUAUGGCAACUUGACAUGUCAAGCUAUCAGUCAGUCCUUGAGUUCGCCGCGCGAGCAAGCAAAGAGCUACAGCGGCUGGACAUUGCGAUUCUCAACGCCGGUGUCGCAAAAGGAACGUGGGAAGUGUUCGAGAAAGACGAGUCCACAGUUACCGUGAAUGUCGUAUCGACAUUCUUACUGGCUCUUGCGCUGCUCCCUCAGAUGAAGCAAACGGCGAACCUAUACAACGUUCGCCCCACUCUCACAAUUGUCGCUUCCGAAGUCCACUUCUGGGCCAAGUUCCCCGAGGAAAAUGCACCAGACGGUCAGAUAUUCCACGAACUCAACAAGAAGCCGGCAGUGCUGAAUGCAGACAACUUGGGCAACCGCUACCAGGUUUCGAAACUGCUCGACGUUUUCGGUACCCGGGCAAUGGCAGACCGCAAGUCUGCCCAAGCUGUUCCUGUUACUUUUAACUGCGUCAAUCCGGGCCUCUGCCAUAGCGAGCUUUCGCGUGACUCGGGCAUUGCAUUGACCAUUGUGAAGUUUUUCCUCGCGCGUACUACCGAAUGCGGAAGCAGAACAUUGGUGCAUGCUGCGGCUUCGGGGGCUGAGAGUCACGGGCAUUAUCUGAGCGAUUGCAAGGUUACGCUGCCGAGUGACUAUGUGCUCAGCAACGAGGGAUACGUGGCACAGAACAGGGUCUGGGACGAGCUCAUGGCGAAACUGGAGGCUAUCAAGCCUGGAGUGACGGCUAAUUUGUAGUCUUUGGAAACCUGGGUUACGAUACUGGAGGCACAUGGAGACACUAGUUGUUACUUUCAUCAAUAGUCGGUUUGCUUUGUAUAUUCUUGCG